AUGCAGACGUUGAGCAUGUUCCACCCGAGAGGGGCGGUCGGGGGGAGCGCCGUGGGAUGUUCUCAGAUGGUUCCUUGUCCGUCGUUGGGGAAGCGGCGGAGGACAAGGACGAGGUUGGAAAUCUGCGAGCCAUCCUGUGGAGGCUGCGUCCAUUUGCUGUGUGUUUCGAAGGAGAGGGUUUUUGGCGGUGGAUCGAACUUGAGCUUGUUCCUUCUUUGUGGGAAUGGGAGGGGUUCCUUCCGUCCGUCCUUCGCCUUGUCUUGGGCGUUGGAGGAAGAAGCUCCUGCGGGUGUCGUCAACAGUCAAGGUUCCAAUCCGGAUUCUGUGACAAUGGACAAUGCCGCAGUUUGUUAUUCCGAAGUGAACGAAGUAGGGAAAGAUGUGGUCAAUUUUGGUGAAGAGGAUGAUGUGAAAACUGCUUCUUCUCGGGAGGAGAAAGAAGAUAGUGUGAACGAAAGACUAGGAGAACACACUGGCGACAGGAAGGCAAGAUUGGAUGUCCGAGCAUUGGCACAGAGUUUGUGGGACUCUAUCACAGCCGAUGAUGUGGAGGAGGUGCUUGGCAAACUGGAAGAGAUCCAUCCUACUGUUUAUUCAUCUAUGAUCAAGGGUUUUGGCAUGGAUAAGAAAUUGGAUGCUGCCUUUGCUCUUGUUGAAUGGCUUAAGAGGAAAAGGAGAGAAGGCAACGGAGCGAUUGUUCCAAAUGUGAUCAUAUACAAUAGCUUGUUAGGUGCUGUGAGACAGUCAGGAGAGUAUGUCCAAGCAGAUAGAGUAAUGGCAGACAUGACAGAACAAGGUAUACUGCCAAACAUUGUAACCUACAAUACCUUGAUGUAUAUCUACAUAGAGCAAGGAAAGCAAGCUGAAGCUCGAAGUGUUCUAGCUCACAUGGAGGAUAAGGGCAUUUCUCCAUCUCCUGCAACCUACUCAACAGCCUUACUGACCUAUCAGAAAACUGGAGAUGCCAGUGGUGCCAUUGUAUUCUUUUCAGAAUUGAGAAACAAAUAUGAGAGAGGGGAAAUUGCGAGAACCAGUAACGAGGACUGGGAGUUUGAGUUUGUAAAGUUAAAAAGUUUUACCGUUCGCAUCUGCUACCAAGUGAUACGACAGUGGCUUGUUAAGGGAGAUAACCAGACUUCCAGAAUCCUUGAGCUUUUUGCAGAUAUGGACAAGGCAGGCUUAUCUGGAGGGCGAGUAGAAUUUGAGAAAUUGGCGUGGGCAUGUACUAGUGACGUCCAUCACGUUGUGGCUAGAGAGCUGUAUAGGAGGAUAAGGAGCCUGGAAACUGGAAUAAGUUUAUCAGUAUGCAACCAUAUUAUUUGGUUAAUGGGGAAGGCAAAAAAAUGGUGGACGGCACUCGAGAUAUAUGAAGAUCUACUAGAUGAGGGACCGAAACCUAAUAAUUUAUCCUAUGAAUUAAUCAUCUCUCAUUUCAACGUUCUACUCUCUGCUGCCAGGAAAAGAGGAAUUUGGAGAUGGGGACUUAGGCUGCUCAACAAGAUGCAAGACAAAGGCUUGAGACCAGGAGCUAGAGAAUGGAAUGCUGUUCUUGUUGCAUGUUCAAAGGCAUCAGAGACUUCUGCAGCCGUCCAGAUAUUUAGGAGGAUGGUUGACUACGGAGAGAAGCCCACAAUAGUUUCUUAUGGAGCACUGCUGAGUGCUCUUGAGAAGGGUAAGCUUUAUGAUGAGGCCCUUCGUGUGUGGGAUCAUAUGUGUAAAAUGGGAAUCAAGCCGAAUUUGUAUGCAUACACUAUCUUGGCUUCUAUCUACAUUGGGAAUGGAAGGACUGAGCUGGUGGAUUCAGUUAUCCGUGACAUGACUUCAUCAGGAAUUGAUCCAACUGUGGUCACUUUCAAUGCGAUUAUUAGUGGAUGUGCGAGAAACAAUUUAGGAAGUGCUGCUUUUGAGUGGUUUCACCGAAUGAAAGUUAGGAAUAUCAUACCAAAUGAGAUAACUUAUGAAAUGCUGAUUGAAGCAUUAUCAAGGGAUGGAAAACCGAGGGUUGCCUAUGAGAUGUACUUGAGGGCCCUUAACGAGGGUCUCUGUCUAUCUGCAAAGGCUUAUGAUGCUGUGAUGAGAUCUUGUCAGCUUUAUGGCGCAAGUAUUGAUAUAGACAUUUUAGGACCUCGGCCUCCAGAAAUGAGGAAUAUUGUGAAUUCUGGGAAGACACUGCCAGAGAUCUAUAAUAAGCUAGCAGAUGUAUCUAGAAGAGGUCAACCAUUUGUUAGCGAAGACAUGUUUUCUGUAAAGACAUAUAGGAAACAAUAA